UUCUCCUCUACGUCCAUAUAAGCAGCGGUAUCACUGAAAUGGCAGACUACGCGCGUGCGGGACAACAAAUCCGGCGGCGUUGAGACUCAUCCCCGACAAAGCUUCCCCUAGAGCAACAGCGAGCGUGAAAGUCCAGGAACGAUACUGACCGACCCAUGAGAUACGAGGCCCGUACGAGGCUCUCGUUUUUACAGGGACAGUCAUGAAGGAGGCGUGGGUCGCCGAGAAGCUUGAGGCCGAGCUCGAGGCCGCUAAGGACGAUCUUCGUGGGCUCGAGAAGAAUAUCAGGAAGAUCCUCGGUAGGGACGUGCCCGAAGGGGAGAAUGGUGCAGUACCGGCGUCUAUUAGGGUUACGCAAAAGAGGCCUUUGCAAGAGGAUCGUAGGAGGCAGAUCACAGAUUUUCAAAACAAUGAUUUUGCACCUAAGCGUAGAUGGCAAGGUGGUGGUGGUGGCGGCGGCAAUAACAACACAGAACCCAAAACUGUGUUCAGUCGAUUAAGUGCAAGAGUUCCAUCCACUGCUGAUGACAGUGGUGAUGAAGAUGAUUCUGCAUUCAAGCCAGCGGUAUCUUCAAGAGUUAUAGCCACACCCCGGGAAAUACCUUCCAGACAGGAUGUUAUACGUAGAGAGAGCACCGAUGAGAGGAGUAGGCAGAGAAACAGAAGAAUGUUUGGUGCCCUUUUGGGUACUCUGCAGAAAUUUCGUCAAGAGGAAACCAAGCUUAAAGCUAAGGAAGAUAAAAAAGCCGAAGUAGAAGCUAGAGUUGAAGAGGCAAAGAGAAAGGAGAGGGAGGAAUUGAAAAAAGAAAGACAACAGCUGUUUCUGAACCGAAAGCAGCAGUUGGCUCAAGUCAAAGCUCUUGAAGCUAAACUAGCAAGAAGUAAACAGUUCCAAGAGUGGCGCAGCGCGCAGAUUCCACUUUUAAAUUACAUCAAGACAAAAACACAGCCAUCAUUAUAUUAUUUACCAAAAAAGAGCACACCCAAAACCGACACAUUGCUGGAGGAAUCUUCGAAGGAGCUCAAAGCUGAAAUUGACAGGAGAGAAAAGGCUUUGGUCGAGGAACUAGAGGCAAUACAAGCUCAAGUAGGUUUGGGUAAGAACCAACAUGACAGAAACAUGUCAGUUUCAGAUAGCCACGAUCAGUCUUUAACUGAAGAGCCGGAAGAAGAGGAAAAUCGCGAUCCGAAUCCUGAUAAAAAUGGAGACGUCGAUAUGGCUGAGGCUGAGGUUGAUGCUGUAAUCGAAGCUGGACCAGUAGUCGAAGCCGACGGUGAUGCUGAUAUGGACGGUGACAAUGAUGCUGACAUGGACGGUGAUGGUGAUCCUAAUCGAUCAUCUGAUCGUGAGGCCAAACGGUCAUGCGAUCGUGACACCAAACGGUCAUCCGAUCGUGAUGCCAAACGGUCAUCCGAUCGUGACGCCAAACGGUCAUCAAAUCGUGACGCCAAACGGUCAUCCGAUCGUGACGCCAAACGGUCGUCCGAUCGCGACGCCAAACGGUCGUCCGAUCUCGACGCCAAACGGUCAUCUGAACGCGCUGCCAAUCGGUCGUCUGAUCGCGAUGCCAGUCGCUCACCCGAUCGUGACGCCGGUCGUUCAUUCGAUCGUGAUGCCAGUGGCUCACCUAAACGUGACAUUAGUCGCUCACCUGAUUGUGACGCCAGUAGCUCACCUAAACGUGACGCCGAUCAAUCACCUGAACGUGAGGCCGAUCGAUCAUCUGAUCGUGAGGCCGAGCAAUCAUCCGAUCGUGACGCCGAUCGAUCGUCCGAUCACGAGGUUAUUAAGAAAGAAGAAAAGGACUCGGACAAAGAAGAGGAGAAUGACGAUUCGAUGCAGGAAGAGAAAGAAAAUGAGUUGAAGGAAGAGAACAUUGAAUAGCGUUUGUUAUAAGUUUUUACGCUGUAAAUAAAAGUAACAAUCGCGCGUGUGCAAGUAGGUGAGACAGGAGUAUAUUGACAAAACGUAUGAAUGAUCGAUGUACGCUGCGCACACGUAAUUUCGAAGCGCGUUGCCAAGCUGUGCUAGAAUUUUUUGAAUGAAAUUUUUAUCAUAUAGUACAAUCAAUUAUUUAAGUAGCUGCGCGUUUAACUUUGUGACGAGAGUGCGUAAAAAAAUGAGUGUGUUUUCUUUCGAAUCAAGCAACUGUAUUUCUUUGCUGUCAAGUAUCUAUGUGUUUUCCACAACAUCAAAUUACCAGUGCACUUGAGUUAUAUAUGUAUCGGACGGUGUAACAGGCAGGCGACGCGUCUCCUGGGAAGUUUUCAGAGUCUUCGGAUUAAUAGUUCUCGCCUAUAUGCUUUGUACUCUUUUACAAACGAAUAGUCCGCGUCGACAACGAUGCAAGUUCUCACUAUAAGUGCAUGUAAACGUGUGUAAAGAUUUGCAUAAUCUUAGAGAGUGAGAGAGAGAGAGAGAGAGAGGAAAAAAGAGCCGGUAGUUCGCUCUACCGGUUAGAAUUAUGAUUGUAAAAUAAAUUUGAAUUCCUUAGUUUCUAGCCUAAUCUAAAGCUGUAACGCAAAGUUCGUCUCUGUAAAUAAUGUACGCUUUACUGGUCACUUUUGAACUACAAAAAAAGAGUCAGAAAGAGAAUCACAAAUAAAGAAGAGUCUGGUCUGAAAAAA